CGCAAAUCCAAUAGGGGGAUUGCAAUCCACUUUCGCCAUGGCUGCUCUAACCUUUGCUCACAACAUCCUUCUAUCCAACCCCUCUUUCCUCCGUCACUCAACCAAAACUGGCUUCACUACCUUCUUCUCUGUUUCGUCACCUUACUUGCGCCGAUAUAAAUCCACUCAGACACUAGUUGCUUCUUCAGUCCUUGAACUUGGUGGAGUUAAAAUUUCCAAACAAGAUGUGGUCAGGGACGAACCAACAAAUAAUGUCCCGGAUCUGAUAUUCACUAAACUCGGAUUGCAACUUCAUAGAAGAGAUAACCAUCCUCUUGGGAUCCUCAAGAAUGCAAUAUAUGAGUAUUUCGACACCAACUACAACAAUCAAUUUCAUAAGUUCGAUGAUCUCUGCCCUAUUGUUACCAUUAAAGAGAACUUUGAUGACGUCCUGGUACCUGCUGAUCAUGUAAGUAGGAGUUUCAAUGAUACAUACUACAUCGAUGCAGGAACCGUCUUGAGGUGCCACACUAGUGCCCAUCAGGCUGAUUUACUAAGGAAGGGGUACGCCAAUUUUCUUGUUACCGGUGAUGUUUAUCGUAGAGACUCCAUUGAUUCAACUCAUUACCCUGUAUUCCAUCAGAUGGAGGGAGUUAGAGUCUUCAAUCCAAGCGAUUGGAAUGAUUCUGGCAUGGAUGGCACUUUAUAUGCUGCAAACGAUCUAAAAGCAUGUCUCGAGGGUUUGGCACGUCACCUAUUUGGUGCUGUCGAAAUGCGUUGGGUUGACUCUUAUUUUCCAUUUACAAAUCCAUCAUUUGAACUUGAGAUAUAUUUCCAGGAGAAGUGGUUGGAAGUUCUUGGUUGUGGGGUGAUGGAACAAGAAAUACUAAAUCGGGGUGGCAAGACUGACAAUGUGGCUUGGGCAUUUGGGCUUGGAUUGGAACGUUUAGCAAUGGUCUUGUUUGACAUCCCUGAUAUUAGACUCUUCUGGUCUACCGAUAAGCGAUUCGUGUCUCAGUUUACCAAAGGUCAACUUGGGAUAAAAUUCAAACCAUUUUCAAAGUAUCCACCUUGUUAUAAAGACGUGAGCUUCUGGAUCAAUGAUUCAUUCAGUGAAAAUAAUCUUUGUGAAAUUGUUAGAGGCAUCGCUGGUGAUCUUGCCGAGGAGGUACAAUUGAUUGACAACUUCACCAACAAGAAAGGAAUGACUAGUCAUUGCUAUAGGAUCACAUACCGCUCCAUGGAGCGCUCUCUUACAGACGAGGAAAUAAACGAGCUACAGUGGAAUGUUCGAGAUCAGGUGCAAAGUCAGCUGAAUGUUGUUAUGAGAUGAUUUUCGAUGCAAUUUUGUUGGUAGCGCAUUUAUGUUCUUUGUCGAUUGAUGAAAGUCAUUCAAAAAUUGCAUACUUUCAAUUUCGGUAUGUGUAACCCUAGUCUUUUGUUUCAAUCCUCCUAAUAUUUACGACAUAAUUACUCCAGA